AUGUUCUACUAUGAUGGUACCGCACUUCAUAUGGGUCAUUACACCUACAUAAACCAAGACAAAGUUCUGGAAAGUUUGGGAAGCGUUGUUAGCGACCUGCGCAAGUACAAUACGAAGUAUCAUGGCGGGGUGUUCUUACUUCGAGCAAACGACACUCUCUCAGUUCAUAUCUCAUACAGCAAGACUUAUUACAUGGAUAGAGAGGGAAGUUUUUUUGGAGCAUUUUUGGUCCACGAAUAGAAUGACAAUUAAGGACAUGGUGGGAAGAGAUUUUACCCGUCAGUGAGUAAAUCACUAGCAGGCUAUUCAUUUUAUAUGAAUUAACGACAAUAAGAAUGAAAAUUUAACCACUUAAAGGAGAUUAUAAAAUUAUCUUGUUACUGAAUAGUUCUCUUCUUUCAUACUCCGGUCCUGCGUUAAGACGUGAUGGUUGAUAUAAUUUCAAACUUGGCUUUGAAAACGACUAGAAGUCUUUUCAUUUUUCUGGGAGCGUCUAGUCCUCGACACAAAGGUUAAUGCUUUCAAAAUAUUAUUAAUACUUUGACGACAAUUUAAAAAUAGGCAAAAUAGAAAAUGGUCGAGACGUUAUCUAGUACCUCACGAUUGUAAUACCUCGAGUAGUUUAUUUAAUUAAACCGAUUGAUUUCAUUUUUUAUCAGACGAUUUCUUUAGUCUUUUCUUGAGCUGUGAGAAAACAUGACUAAAUAAAAAUAGUUAUUAAUCAAUAAUUUUCAAAUAUCACUUGACUGUUCGUUGACGCCUUCAAAACUUUUUGUACCCCAAUGGAUCGAUACUAAGCUGUCCACAAAACACUAAAAGUUUGUAAAAGGUGCUGUAAUGAACUCCAACUGCAGUGCAGAAGUUAAGGGAUAGCGUUCCAGAAGUGGGCUUAAAGUUGAUUGGGGAGGGAGAAUAUCACUUGGCUAGCUAGAGCAGGAUAGGCUCCAUUACUCACUAGCCGCUCUUCUGGAAGUGCGCCCACGCAGCUUUCCGUAACUAUAAAAUGAUAUCAAAUUGACAAAAGCCGAUUCACACAGGCGAUUUUUUGUGCGAUUUGAGAGUGUUCAACCUGAUUGAAGUUUGAGGAAAUUUAUUGGCGAAUUUCUCUGUGGGAGUUGCUAUGCUAAAGCCCGCCUAUCGGUGCAUAUUAUAAAGACUAAAGGAAUUCGUUACAAUAUUAUCUCCCUACACUUCCUUUCGUUUUAGGUCGUAAAGGAAGACGAGGUAAACGAGGUCAGUUUUUUUGUAAGAAUUACCCAGGCACCCAACUAAAUUUAAGUGGGUGACCUUUUAGAGUAACAACUCUCAGGUCCUGGGUAGACAAAAAGAAAACUUCUAGUCAAGAAAUUUAGGGAAUUUAAGACAUGUACGAAUUGUCCAUGAUGGCAUUUUGAACUGAUUUGAUUGUGGAGCUCCUGUUACCUAAUCACACUCCUUUCGUCACUUUUGUCAACCUUUGUGUAAAACGCAGUCCAUUUUCAUUCACAGAAAUCGUCAUGAAAAAUAGAAAGCCGUUAUUCCCAGGACAUAAACCACAACGCACGAAAAGACUUUUAAAGUGAUUGUGCUGUAAAAACUGCUGCUUCGAAAAAGGGACUAAGCUCGUGCGCGAAGAGCAAACUCCCAGAAAAAAGGACAGUAAACCUUAAUCACAGUUCACUAUAAAAGUGCCAAAUAAACUAAUCGGCACUCGGCCAGAUUUCUCCUAGUUCAACGUUAGAAAUGCUACGUCUAUUUAUGACCAUUUAUUAAACGCCUUAAGCGAGGUAAUAGUUCUCUCUUACUGAUUCAAGCUUUUUUCCCUAGUAAUUAAGACAUUUAGCGCUGCCUGUUUCCAUUAAGCUCCAUCACUCACUCUCCUCAGAACUGACGCGGGUUAAAAUCGUACUGAAUUCCUGAUUUCAACAUUUCUAAUUUCUUAAAGAGAGUUGACUGUAUGAAAAAAAAGUUUUAGAUUGAAGGAAAAAGCGAGUUCACACCUCUCUGUGUAAGUAAGUUUUUAUUACCGCUUGCAUCAAUUCCUUUAAACGACCUGAAUACAAACAAUCUCCAAGUAGUAACCUUGUGUUCUUGAGCCUGUCACAUAGGGGCUGUUUACAAGGAAGAAGGAAGAUCCUAGAAGGCGGAACAACUUUUCGUUGGGUUUACAUGCAGUAAUUUCGGUCCGUGUCGGUGCCCAAGUAGAGAAGGAUCGAGAAGGAAUUUAAAAUGGCGGUUGACAAAAGCCAAAAUGCAAUCUGAACUCCUCUGCUCUCCUGACGGGCCUUAAUAACUACCUUUCUGCAGAAUUAUCACAAUAAUUAGCUCGUGGUAACAACGAAAUUGUCGGCCCUUAUUGCCGUGAUAAGCCACUGAACGACCCGCCGCUAUUAUUACCUGGUUUGUCCCUAGUACAAGGAUCUUCCUACCUCUCAGCUAGAAAGAUCCUAGUAGUACUGGAAAGAUCCUAGCGCUACAUGAAAACCGAACACAGAAAACAUAUGGCGCUAGCAUGAUAAGCCUUCAAGGAUCUUACUGGUGCUCGAUCUUCCUUCCUUCAUGUAAUCAGCCCCUCAAAUUGUAAGGCCAAGAACACAGGGUAGUACACAACUGAUAGCAAACACAAGCAAAAGUCAAAAUAUAUCAGAAAUAAAGUUCAAAAUUUUGCAAAUAUGUAUUCGCCAACGGGCACUGCGACAGCACUAAACAUAUCUCACCUCAUUCUUUUUUGUCAUUGGUUAAUUUCGCUAAGUAGUCACGUGAGAUAUGCACGCGAAGCUAGAGUGUUUAUCAGUAAACAACGUAUUGUGGCCUUUGUUCUCGAUAAAUGGAAACCAAACUCAAGAAAACGCAUAAAAUGGGGCCGUUAAAAUGUACAUACGAAAUAAAACUUUAAAAAAAAUCUGACUUACGUUUGCCUGCUUUGACAUCACUCGUCCUCGUUGCUUUAGAUGAGCGUACAACUUGUUAAAGCCAUACCCGUUUAAAUCGUCAUUUCCUACAGAUGAAGUAUACAACAAGUUUGGAGUUUGACAAAUGUAUUAAAACGUUAUAUAUUUUAUAGGCAAGGCUGGCCCUCAGGGCUCUAAAGGCGAUAACGGUCUGCAAGGGGCGUUUGGUGAAAAGGGGGAACCGGGUACUACAGGACGAAAGUGAGGCAUGGGUCAACAGGGUACCAAGGGAGAGCAGGGUUAGAUACUUUGUUAUGCCUGUCACAAACUGCCAUUGUAGGUAGAGCCCUGCCCAUGAAUGUUUGCCUGUCGAUUGAUAAUUAGACCGUUCACAGUCCCUUACUUUCCCGUAACAUCGUCGAAAACAAGCACUUUGCGUUCCGGGUGGCCAUCAUGGUUUCAAAUGUUCCACAGCAGCGAUAAGAGAGAAGAAACGUCUGCCGUUCGAAGGCUAACUUAGUACUUUCACGUUAUUUUCAUCCAUAAGAAUUUUUUCAGGCUGUUUUCAUCUGCCCAUUUUCUAUUUUGAGGAAUUCUCAACUUGAGUCUUCUGUUUGCCGUUUGCCAUAAACGUGACUCUUGAUCUCUCUAUUAUUAGGGCGUGAACCCCCGAUAUUACGACAGGGCUUCAACGUAAAAUUCCUAAGUAUAGGAGGACAUAGUAAUACAGUCAAGCCCCGCUUUACAGACGCCUAAUUGUUAUGGACAGUUUGUUUUGUCCCUGGGAAAUUAAUGACAUCCCUUACAUUUUCUCUAAUCAAUCCGAUUAACUGACGGACACCCUGUUAAUACGGACACUUUCCAUGGCCCCAUCAGUGUCCGUAUCAACUGCAUUUGACUGUACUCCUAAGUGUUUCAUGCUACCAAAACCAGAUUAAGUUCUGAAAUUAAGAGUGUAGGCUAUUUGGUCCUUUUAUAUUGGAACGCGGUAGAGAAGUCAUGAAAAGGGAAAAAAUUGCCCUUGAAAAACUGAAGUCACUGUGAAAUAAUUUUAAAAGCCUAAAUAAGAAGAGUUGUCUUCCGGUUCUUUUUCAUACAGUAAGGCUUUCGUACAGUAACGCAGUUCUUGGGCUUGUUGGUCCGGGGUUGGUCCUUCAAACUACAAACAGGAUUGUAGAUGCCGAACGUCUUGGGUCACUUGAGGAAACUAGGCGCGAAGACGCACUUUGCUAAAAACUCGUAGGGAGGGGGAAGGGAAAAUGCGUCAUUUGGACGAGCUAUUGCGUUAGUGACCCAAUGGUUUUUACCAGGGGUGUAAAUUGAAACAUCGGGUAUGACCUCUCAUCUCUUUUAGCUUCUUUUGACUGAAUGAAGUCCAACUUGUAAUCGAAUAUUGACAUUUCUCGAACAACACAAACGUCGAACAAACAAUCGAUGUCAUAUCAAAAGCGAAAGUGGCUCAGCGAGGAAAUCCCCGACCGGGUAUCAGUUUCAUCUUUUCAGCUGAACGGUUGGACGUAAACAAAGUCUAUCAUCGGUAUCACGAACUGUACUCGUGCAAAUCAUCCGGAAGCGUUUACAAAAAUUAGAUACCUUGUUCGAUUUCCCUAUGUUUAAACCCCUAAGCUACGCAAUAAAAAGCCUGAAAGAUGGUAUGGUGUUAUAUUAUUUUCCUUGCUGAUAUUUUUAAGUUAGUUUCUUAGCGCAAAGGAAUGUGUAUGACUGUCGAGUGAUGUAAGGGCUACUGUUUCACCUGACCUACGCUAUUUUUGUUAUAAUUUUUUCCGAGAAUUUCCUGUGGCCUAAGCUUUUUACCAGACUGUUAUACUCUGCUCUAGUCUGCUACACAGUCGUUUUUAGGGUCGUCACGCAACGCUCCUCCCCACAAAUUUGCUCGGCUUGCUUGCGGCUGCUGUUUAUCUCACACAUUUUGAAUAGGACUACGACAACACUGCUCUAGUUGAUGGCUUGUUUUCACGUGACGAUUUUGAUUGUUCUGUCAUUCACACAUGGAGCACCGAUAAAAGCAAAGCUGUGAUUGGAUGAGUCACCGUACCGCAAACGUGGCGCGAACCCCUUCCAAAAAAUGGGAGCUGAAUUCUAAUUGGUUAACAGCGCGAAAGGAAUGUGGUUCAAUUCUCAGCAGCCGUUUGCGGGGAGAAGCGUUGCGUGACGACACUAAAACCAGCUGUGUAUAAAAGUAGACUAAGUCUGCUCCUGCAUCAUUGCCCCAGGUUUUUGUCGAAUCUGCGAAUCUGUUCGGUUGUCAUGUUGGUGUAAGUGGCCAUGGAAAAGAAACAAAACCAAGAAAUCGGACCUCGGCUACUUCCACUUUUGUUCUGUUUUCUGACGCUAGCACUGUCAGGUAUUCUUUUUGGUCAGAUCUACACCUUCAGACAAAUCUCCUGGCUAAAAACACAAAUGGAAAUCCACCUACAACAAAAGGUCAACGGUACGCUGCAAAGCGGAAACGGCGCCCAGAGAGUAGAGGAGGUGAGCAACUACUUAGUUGACGUUCGAACUUACUUAUCUGAACCCUAUCACAUUUUUAACGGCUAUAUCUUGUUCUAAAGAAUGCUUUUUUACUUCUGACUCAUGAACUUUUUUGCAGGCUUCAUCAAAUCCAGGGUCAGAGACAGCUCGAGUUCGGAGAAACGCUCAAGAAGUUUGUGCAUGUGUUGGUUAGUGAACUACUAUUUUACUUAUUAACUUUUUUCCUAUACGUGGUUAAAGAAAAAAAAAUCUACCACAGUGCUUUUUGCCAAAUCGUAAGAUAUAAAUAGUAUUAUGCGAAAGAUCUUCCAAAGAGUUUUCAUUUGAAUGGUAACACCAUGAUUUCGUCUACAGAUUCAAAAUCUAGAAUGACGACUUAUUGCACAAAAACUGGGUCUAGGGCCUAGAUCGAUCAGGGCCUGUUUCUGGAAAGUCCCAAUAACUUUUCGGCCCGAAGUCAAAUAUUCAAAUCAAAACCUAAGCGCGGGUCCUAGCGAACUAACCAGUCCAGUUUGUUUUGUAACUGAUAAACAAAACAAAACAAUCGAGAUCUCAAUAGAGCUCUCUCUUGAAUGAAAACAACAGCUUUCCGAACCCCCAGAGUUUCGAGAAACGGCCCCUACGUGUGAAUAUCAAACUAUUGAGACUUGCUUGAGGAGACUAAUUGGUCAGGAACGGCUGUGCUCGAUGUCGAUGAACCAAGAUGAACUCUUUUCAAAGACAGAAAACCUUGCUGGAGUGACAAAUGUCUUUUCUUCAGCCCUUCUCAACCGUAUUCCUUUACCUUACUCCUUCGCAAUGCCAAAUGGGGUAUGGGGCGCAUAUAACUCAGAGCAAGUCUUUCUCUCGAGUCUAUUUAAAGCUGUAGUGUGUUUUGCACUUCACAUUUACGUGUAGUUGGCGUUUAUAUGCAAGUAAAAAGACACUUUCAAUGGCAAGCUAUAGAAUACUAGAAGGCUUUUCGCGACGGAAACUGGAUAUGGAACUUGGAACGGCCGCAAGAAUCCUUUUUCCAAAGUUCACCGGAGCUCCUGUCUAUCGAUAAGGCCGUAAUAGGUCAGCGUUGUUAGUGCGUAACAGCACAGAGUGAUACGAUGCAGCGCAACCAAUUUCAAAGUCAGUUUUAACUCGAGCAAAGACUAAACAGCAGAGAACCACUGCACUCGCACCAAAUGAAAAUUAAGUACUCUUCACCCCCAUAUACAACUUCAGCUUGGUCCCAUAUAAACGUCCGAGAGCAUAGGUAUCGAAUAGGUAGGUGCAUAAAGAGGUUGUGUUUUUCCCGAAUGAGCUAUGUUCCAUUGAGUGGUUUCCUCCAGUCAGGUGUAUAAAUGGGUUUCCGAUCGACAACAAGGUAUUUUAUUCAUGGACACUGCUUGCAGUUCUCCCUUCCCACGUACGAAAUCAAUCAAGUCAAGACAGAAAAGUAAUUUAACCAAGUACACCCGUUUGCAAGAAACAAAGCAGCCUUAAACAAGAGGAUAUUGGGCUGCCAGCUUUUUCUCCAUCCCUUGAGUAAUUUGUCCAAAUAAUACUGUUCGCAAAACCUACAAUCUUCGACAAAAUAAAUAGAAAUUAUAUACCCCCCCCCCCCGCCUCCCCCCAAAUCAAAGACGGGAAAAUGGCGCGUUUUGCCCUUCGCGCGACUUCAUCCUUGAUUUGGGGGGAUGGGGUUUGCUCUUCCAUUUUAUUCUGUCCAAGAUUGUAGAGCUCAUUCGUGUAGCUCAUGCAUGAAACCGGGAUUCUCCCUACACCCGUGAUCUCAUUCGCCACUUCCACAUCUCCCCUAAUGCACCUAAUCUAAUAUUUACCCCCCAAAAUUUUGCAUAAGCAUAUGUUGUUUUCAAUUUCUCUUGGUAAGGCUGUAAUACGCAGGAAAAAUGGAAAACAAAGGUUAUAUGCAAAAUUCUGGGGGGUAAAUAAGGUGCAUAAUGGGAGAUGUGCAAAUGGUGAAUUAACGUGUUUUACACCUUGUAGGAGCCCCGGGUCCACAAGGCUUGAGCGGUAGGAAAGGUCCGAGGGGGGCCCCUGGCAUUCCUGGCCCCCGAGGUCCCCCUGGUGAGUAUAUUAUAAUCUUUAAGAUCUGGCAACUGAGAAAACGUCUUUUCAAUCAACUGAUUACGGCAAUGAGGAAGCCCUUGUGUCACCUGUUUUUUCUUUAAUGGCCAAAGAACAACAAGAGUAUCUUCAAAGAAGUAAAAAGUUUCCGGUUAUGGUGUGUCUCCCGCUUUGCGUUCGCGCCCCCAAUAACGACAGGAAAAAAAAGACAAAAACAAAAACAAGAGUCAUCAUGACGCGGACAAUGAUGGUGGCUCUCACUUCUAUGAGCAUGAAAUCCCAAAGUGUGAUCAGUCACAUCUGUAUUUUCGCCGGGCAAAACGUCUUUUGUUCGGAAUAAACUGUUGACUCUAGCCUGCUGGUGUCGGGAGAAAAGAGAGCAAAGGUACGAAGCAAGCCAGCUUUGCGUCUAAAGCGACUUCGGUACCACACAUGCAAUUAAUCAAGGUAUUCUCCGCCCGUUGAGGCGUUAAAUUUGAUUGCUCUGUGAAAAUUUCUGCGCUGUGUGGUAAAUAAUUCAGCUGAUAACUUGACUAGCCCUGAGAAGAAACGGCUGUUCUCCAGGAUAUUCGUGACCUCGAUGAAAUUAUUUCCAUGGGUAACUAAAAGUAAUCUAGAAAAUAUAAACAAGCAAUUACUGACAACUUCGGCCUCGUUUAUCGUCUGCUUGCACUCUGGAAAUUUGCUCGGAAGGCUUUCCCUUUUAUACAACACAAAUGCAAGACAAUGACACGUUUUUCUUUUAAAAAGUCUUACCAACCCUAAUUCCCAGGGGUCAUUUUCUUCUGAAAAACAAAAAGCUGUAUUCUCCGUAUUUUCUUCCAGCUCGGACGCCAGCACUUACUUUCAAAUUGAACCUUUGACUCCCCGGCCCCCUUAACAAACUCUCUAAUGUUGAUGGACACAAUUCCCUUCUCAUCUACAAACGUCUAGUUCUUUGGUUUCUUCCAGACUUGUAUUUGUCUGUAUAUAUAUCUUAAUCACGACUUAAUUUUUAUUAUUUCUGAGGGCUACCCGGCCCGACUGGAGCAGCGGUGAGUAACCUAUCUCGUUCUUUAAUUUUGGCGUUAAGAUGAAUAGUUCUUUGUUUGUUUGUGCCAUUAAACAAGAAAACUGUAACGUAUCAUGACCUGUGCCAUAAAAAAUUCGAACGGUUAGUACUGCCACCAACUUGAGUGUAACAUGAAAAAUAAUUCGCGCUCAAAACAUUAAAAGAAGGUACAAAAACUGGCACAGCAAAUACAAAAGGAGGCACGGAUAGGAUUCAAAAAGGAAUUACAAGUGUGGUGUUAGAAAACUUGUUUAGCCUAACAGAUUUCAGUUCAUUUUUGUUGUUUAAAGCGUUUGAUAAUAAUGCUUGGGACAGAUAUUUAAGAGUAAUUUCUCACGUUUCUUCGCGAAUAGGGACGCUUAACAGGCAUAAUUCAGUGGCGGAUCCAUCCCGGCCCGGGGGGGGCAAAAAAUUUUUUUCGGUGUCGUCUAAAAAUAAGGGCCCCCCCUGGCCCCUCUCCUGUAAUUAUAAACAAGAUAAACAAGCCAGCCGUGACUCAGCCUCUUUAAGUACAAACCCAAAUAUGCGUGGUCAAGAGCCAUAAUGGGACGGAGAGGGCUGUCUCAUUAUGGCUCUUGGUGUGGUUCAUACACUUCGUUGUCGCUAAUUCCUCAACAACCUUGUCUUUAACAUCCAACAGUGUGAUGUCCUUAGAUGCAUGGGUCACUGCUCUAGGCUAGGGACUCUAUAUUUUAUGCUGUAGUUGUUCAAGAUAUACCUUCUGUAUACUGUACUUUCGGUAAGGACUGGGAGGGUGUAGGGAACUUUUAUUCAAAGUGGGGCAUAUUUAAUAAUUUCGCCGAGGGGGAGGAGGUGUGUGUGUGUGUGUGUGUGUGUGGGGGUUGAAUUCGAAGAGGCCCGCUAGUUUAGAUCUGGGCGCUCAUUCGUGCAUUAACGAUAUUUCUUUCUCCGCAGACGAGCGAAAGUAUCCAUCUGGUUGGCGACGGAAAAGACGCAGAUAUCCAAGUAAAUCUUUUCUCUGGCCUGGUUCUAGCAUAUAUUGCAUAGAAAUAGAUAUUUCCACAAUGAAACUUAAGCACUUUGGGAAAUAUACGCCGAUAACUUCUGUUCCUGCAGGAAAAUGAGCGACAUUAAGUUUUUUUUCGUUCCCAGGAUUUCGGCCCAUUAGAAACUGGGCAAUGAAGCACAAAAAAGGCAGCAUCGAGUACCACUCAGAAUCUGGUUUUAUAGAGGUGAAGAGGACGGGAUACUAUUUCAUUUACAGCCAAAUGUUCUACUAUGAUGGUACCGCACGUACAAUGGCUCAUUACACCUACAUAAACCAAGACAAAGUUCUGGAAAGUUUGGGGAGCGUUGUUAGCGACAUGCGAAAGUACAAUACGAAGUAUCAUGGCGGGGUGUUCUUACUUCGAGCAAACGACACUCUCUCAGUUCAAGUCCCAUACACCAAGGUUUAUUACAUGGAUAGAGAUGGAAGCUUUUAUGGAGCAUUUUUGGUCCACGAAUAGAAUGACAAUUACGGACAUAGAGCGGGGGGAGAUUUUACCUAACUUAAAUCGCUGGCAGGCUGGCUAUUCAUUUAUAUGAAUUAACGACAAUGAGAAUGAAAAUUUAACCACUUAGAGAACAUUAUAAAAUUAUCUUCUUACUGAAUAGUUCCCUUUUUUUCAUACUCCAAGACGUGAUGGUUGAUAUUUCAAACUUGACUUUGGACACGACUAGGAGUCUUUACAUUUUUCUGAGAGCUUUUAGUCCUCGCCACAAAGGUUAAUACUUUCAAAAUAUUAUUAACACUUUGACCACAAUUUCAAACUAGGCAAAAUAGGAAAUAGGCGAGACGUUAUCUAGUACCUGACGAGUGUAAUACCUCGUAGUUUAUUAAUUAAACUGGUCGAUUCUAUGUUUUAUCAGACGAUUUCUUUAGUCAUUUCUUAAGCUAUGAAAAAAAAAAUGGCUAAAUAAAAAGAGUUAUAUUUAUCAAGAGUUUUCAAGUAUCCCUUGACUGUUCUUUGAUGCCAGUUUUUCCUUUUUUGCCACAAUGGAUCGAUACGAGCCUGUCCGAACAACACUAGAAGUUUGUAAAAGGUGCUGCAAUGACCUCCAACUGCAGUACAGAAGUUAAGGGAAGCGUUCCAGAAAUGGGGCUAAAAUUAAUUGGAGAGGGAGAAUAUGACUUGGCUAGCUAGAGUAGGGUACUAGGCUUCAUUACUAGCCGCUUUACUGGAAGUGUGCCCACGCAGCUUUCGGUAAAACGAUAUCAAACUGGGAAAAGCCCGUUCACACAGGCGAUUUUUUUGUGCGAUUUGUAAGUGUUCAACCUGCUUGAAUUUUCAUGAGAUUUAUCGGCGAAUUUCUUCGUUACUAUUCUUCAAGCCCACCUAUCGGUGCAUACUAUAAAGACUAAAGGAAUUCCUUAUAAUAUUAUCUCCCUACACUACCCGGCAAGCAGUCGCCAGCAUCUCUUUCAGUAGUGAGUACACACCUGAAUUGGCGGAGAGGAUGUGAAGCAAAAUUUCUUGUCAAAGGAAACAACGAGAAGUAGCAGAGAUCAAAGACUCAGCUUAAAUGAUGAGAAUCAGACGGUUAAUCACGCCGGCCUAACAGACUCGUGGCUAAAGCAAUGCGGAGGUCUCGGGCUAAAACCCUCUUAGAAAAGCAUCUAAGUCUGCAACGAGGCCUUCCCUAGGCAUUGUUGAGGACCCUUAUACUUCUUCACAAGAUAAUUUGCUGGUAUUUAGCUACUUUAGUCGGUUCUCGUUUAGCAACACGUUCUCCUGUGACGGGAGAGCAAAGUUGUUGAAAAACAAAAAACUGUCCGUGUUACUUUGAGGUAGGAGAGACCACAGAACAAGGGGGACGUACGUUGAGAUGUUUAUUUGAGCGACCGGUUUGCAUUCAUAUUUGUCAUUUCUUUGAACAUAAUAAAAUGCAAUCUACGUGAAAACGGUCGCCUCCCAGUUGAAGUGGUCUGUGAUUUUAAGGUACAUUUUUAAUCACCUUAAUUUCUGCGUGUUCUGAAUGAAAGCAGAAGUCAUCAACAGUGUGCGGAUACACUUUAAGCCUUAUCAGAUUGGGGAGAACGUUUUAAAGUCCUGUACAAAGAGUAAGUAUUGCUUUCAACUAGGAGACAAAAACAGGGGAAAUGUUAAAUGACGCCGCCCUCGAAUUAGCAGCGCAAAAACCUAGAUGAUCAUUGCUUAAAAUUACAUGUAAAUUGUCACUUGUCUACAAGGCAUGAAGCACUUGGGAAUUCUUAAAAACUCUUUUAAACGUGUCCGUGCGUUCCAGAUCGAAUUGGAAUUUGGAGGUGUUGGUUUUUGAGUAGGGAGGAAAACCGGACUUUUCCCAAAGAAAAACCUCUUGGAACAAGAAAGAGAACCAACAAAAAACUCAUAUGAAUUAUCACAUAUCGCGUCGUCGCUUGGAUCUACGCUUACACUAAUCUUGGAGUUAAAGUGCGGCCCUUAUUCAAAGAGUAAAAAGAAAAAUUUUGAAAAAUUCUUGUUUCAACCGCGGAAAAUGUUGCUGGUGCCGGUACCGAACAAUUUGGAAGUGAAAGCAGGAGCUAGCUUUGCACUCGGUUUUCGUAGCUUGAUUUGUGGGAAGUCCUAACGGCCUCAGGUGAGAUUGGCGUUCACGCUGCUGUUGUUUACCAAAGUUUUUUCCCAAGUAUAGCAAGCUUUUCAAAGUUGACGCCCUUAAAGAAAGCGCCACAUUUUACGUUCACUAAGAAUCGCCGAAGCGCUUUUUUCAGUGAAGGCGACACAUGAAAUUUCUAAACUAGAAAACGUCCUUUUUUGGUAAAUAUAAACUAAGCAAAUAAACGUUUGACCAUACGACAAAAAGGAUACUUGCAGUGUAUCUAGAAAAUACACUAAAUUAAAGAAACCCGAGAAUAAUUCAAAAACAGUAUGCUAUUAACUUCAUUAAGUCACGUGAUGUACUCUUCUUACUAGGAAGAAAAAAAACAUUCUUGGCUGAGAUCUCGCCUAACGUCACGACAAUUGAGAUUUCUAGGAAACCUGUAAAAUUUUUAGACAAACAAAAUGCAAAAAUCUCAAAGCCGUGUUGUCGUCCUGCCAUUGUGGAGUUUAAUCGCGGUUGUCAUAACGCUGCUGUCUUUACUACCGGCAUUUUUAUUUUGUGUCCGCGAGAUUAUGAUCUUAAAAUCGCGCGUUGGAGACCAACAGCUAAAGAUUAGCUCUUUAGAGUCCAUUACAGCGCAGAUUCGACGCCAAACUGAGAGCGGCAAAAAAUAUGACGAGGAGCCGAGCCAGGUGCGUCAGAUGUCUUUUAAAAAUGAGGUAUGAGCUGUUUAGCUAAAUUUACUGCACACUAUCGCCUUUGUUGUCUUUGAUGCACAGAGAGCUUCGAUCAGUACAUUUCCUAAGCAGUGCAUACGAGACUUCCAUUGACCUUAAUCACCUACAUACGGGAUCUCUCCAUCAUUGGUUCCUAUACAUGCACUAAUCCAGCAAAAGUUCACACAUGGCAUAAUGGAGUUUGAUCUGUGUGCAAAUGAUGGGUUAUUCAGUUAUUUCCGCGUUUGUUUUUGUUUAGGAAGAUUUACAGCUCAGGAUAAGAAGAGAGGCUAAUUCGAGAAAAACACAACAAUGUCGAUGCCGACGAGGUACUCAAACAUGAAAAAAUCAUUGUGAUGCUUUAGUAUAAUCCUAUUUCUAUACCUUGCCAGGAGCACAUAGUUAUUAUUCUAGGAUCAAGCAUUUUCUUAAACGAGUAACUGGAAAAAAACCGAUCACUUAGAAAGCGGUUGAUUUGAAGAUUUUUUUUUUUCAGCUCUGUUAAAAUCUAGGACCAUUUUGACCAACGCGUGUUGACGUAAUUUUGCUUAUUCUAACGUAUCAUAUUUAAAGUGAAGAUAUGUAGUCUUAAUUGCAUUUCGCUCACUCUAUCUCAAAACUUAAUUCACACGAUAAGGUGUGAAAAAUGAGCGUGAAUUUAAUCUCUCUACAAUCACUUUAAAAACAAUGUUCUCAUAUACUCCAGCUGGCAAGAAUCCACUAUUUUGUUUUCCCGGAAGUGGCCCUUUUUCAUUGUCAGAAGCAUACAACUUAAAUCCGUUGUCAAUUUAAUUAAUAGAAACUUCAAAAGGAGGUGAUUAACUCAAUUUGCACUCUUCACUUCCAGAAAUAAAUGGCAUACGUGAUUGUUUUGAUAAUCCAAUCAUUAUUAUCAAGAUUAUGGUCACGCCAAACGAAGUGUGACAUGUCAUUAAAAGAUCCGGGAGUUUAUUUCCUAAGCUAUAUUUAUCGUCACAAUAUUUUGGAAUCAAAAAUAAAAGCUGCUGCUGCCCAAGACAUGCCUCAGCAUGUGUUCAGCGCAGAGAAGGGGUGAUGGGGGUCACUUUCAUAUGAAAGUGACAGGGCAGAACAGGGCUGCUUGUUGUCUCGCGCAAGUGUAGAAAUUUAAGAUUUCAGAGACUUCGGUCUCACUUAGGUUGUUCAGGAAAGCCAAUGUUUUUACUCAUAAACGUACCGCGUGGGGUGACGAGAAAAGAUAUGGCUUUACUUAAAAAAGCAAAGGCCGUCAUCCUUUGUUCGAGUAUCAUCUCCUUUUUAUAAAUAGCUUGAGUAUCAAGCUUUCUUCGGUCUUUCCUAGGGGAGGGGAGAUUUCUCAAGUCGAAGCGGGAAAGGGGCCGUCUUCUCCAUUUCGAUUCUCUCUUCUCCUAAACCAGGCUAUCUUUUAAGUUCGGCCCCUGGGCUUUUAAGGCUUCAGAGCCCCACCAAGAUUAGACCGGUCUCUUCUAGUGGUUUCCGACUAGCAUCCCCUACUCCUUCAUAUGGGUGUCCCCCCGGGGUGUACCUUGACCUCGUAAUACCACUCCAUCCCUCUGCGUUGGUUUAAAUGCCUUUGUCAGUCCUUAAUUACGUGAGUUGUCAUUAAAAUCGAAGAGAAGAACUAUAAACAUUACAUGUGGCAGUUUUAUGGCAAAGCGAUUGAGAGACUUCUCUAUAGAAAACUCAAUUAACAACAAACAAGCGAAAACUCUUCCAUCUGCGGUUCAGAGUGAAAAGCCAACUAUUCUUUAUUUGUCAUCAGUCAAUUGUCAACUUCCGUUAUGUACUUACGUCACUGAAGUAACGCUAUAUGGUCACGUAAAUGUUUUCGUCCAGACGUGGAAAAAAGCAAGUUGUGUUAAAGGAAAUAUAUCUGCGGCUUCCUUCUUAUUGGUUUGGCCCGAAUUUGUCUCGCCCGAACAUUUCCGACUAACUUUUUUUUCUUUACAUUCCUGAAUUCACUAAGCAAAGUAGACUAGCCAAAGUAGGUCUGUCCACCCACUUUAAAUAAGAACAAUGUUGGGAAAUCUGAGUACCGUCUUAUCAGGCCUGAUGCUGCUUGUUAGUGAAUUACCGUAAAUCCUCUAUUAAGCCCCCCGGGGGGUUAUUUAUUUCAAGCCCAUUUGAGAGGAGGCUUGAUAGAGACGGGGGGCUUAUUGAGAGGGGGGGCUUAUUUAAUUCAAAAACGACAAUGGUAUCAGUUCUCCAUAAAGAACUAGAAUGCAAAGUGGAAAAGCUCAAGUACAAGAAGUUGUAGGUCAUGCAACCAGAAUCAAAUCCGAUCUUCCACUCGGUAAAUAAACCAUCUUGGAUCAGUCCAUACGACGUUUUACAGUCGUGGUUGAUUAAUUCAGUCUAUCUUUAAUUAGUGAAGAAUAAAUAAGGGAGGGGGGCUUAAAAGAGGGGGGGGGGAUUAUUAACUUUUUUCCCUGAAAAGGGGGAGCUUAUUAAAGAGACGGGGCUUAUUUGAUGGGGGCUGGGGGGCUUAAUAGAGGAUUUUCGGUACGCAAGAAACCUAUGUUUCUUUGGAGAACUACGCGUAAAAAUAGCAGCAAUCUUGCUCCACACUGGCAGUAACAAAGAUAUCAGAAAAAAAAAGAUUGAAGAAAAAUAAAUUAUUGUUUUCGUUUUUUGUUGUUGUUGUUUGUUUGUUUUACAGCUAUAUAAAAAAAUUCUCCUCCUUUAAUGGUUUAACGGAUAAAUCCCUCUCCUCCCCUUCUCAAUCUCGCCGAAGCCUAGCCUGCCGGUUCGACUCCAGUGGGUUUGUAGCAAAAAUGUUAACAACAUAUAACUAUGCAUGCUGCAAGGUUUUCUGAAAAUAGAGAAAAGCCUUUCGCCUGAUAGAAAACGCCUGUUCUGGUGCUGAGAAUUGUUUUUUUCUAAUUCAGGUCCCAAAGGAGAACAAGGUCCAAAAGGUAAAUCAUCUCACCGUCUUCCUUGAAUUAUAUUAGGGACCUUAAGAUCCGAGGACGGCGACGGUAGAGAAAACGUCCCUGAAAAAGUGAAUUCGUGUUCUUUCAAUCUUCAUCGCGAUUACUCCAAGUCACUAACUUUUUCAAAUGUAGGCGAAGCAUCCUAAAGUUGAAUUCCUAAGAACCAUAUCCAAGUGCAGAAAGAGAGAGGAAAUUUCGUCGUCGCUUGUGUACUUCCUCUGUACAACGUGAAAUUAGGCAUUUUCACGUCGUAGUCGUGCAGUGACGGCAAAGAAAUGUACAAAAAAGCGUGAUGCACGUGCAAAAUUGUUGUUUUGCUAAUUAAACCUAUUGCUUUUGUGGCGUUCCCGUUGCCGUCGCCGUCGUCGGAUCUUAAGGUCCCAGGGACCUUACGAAACCACGACGGUCACGGCAACGGGAACGCCACAAAAGCAAUAGGUUUAAUGAGCAACACAACAACUCUGCACGUGCAUCACGCUUUUUGGUACCGUUCUUUGCCGUCACUGCACAACUACGACGUGAAAUGACCAAAUUCUAAGUUUACUUGGGAACGGGAACGGUAAGGCGAUAAACUGUACCAUCUGCUGUCCGAACUUGAGCGCGUUCCCCGCUCUCCAGCUCCAGCCAAAAUCCCCUUCUUUUAAGUAACAGGACGAAAUGGGAUAAUCGCGAGAAAGUUUAAAAUGAUGCGAAGUCUGUUUUUCAGCGACGUUUGCAUGGACGUCGCCGUUGUUGGAUCGUAAGGUAAAUUAAUAAAUGUUGUAAGAAUAUGGCACCGCCUCGUAUAAGGCAUAGAAAACCGGUUGGAUAUAAUACAUUCUUAUUUUUUUUUUCUUUAGGAGCGAGGGGAAGAAAAGGACGACCAGGUUAGACUGACUGUUAUUAUGCAGGCGUAGCCAAUAAAUAGUAAUUGAUAGUAUAUCAAUGGUCAUAUCAAUAGUAUAUCAAUAUCAUUCGAGGAAUGUUAUCGAUUGAUAUCAGGAAGGGAUAUUAAUAGAAGUCACAACUUAUUUCUUCGUUGAUUUCAAUAGAUUGAUAUCGGAAAUUGAUAUUAAUUGAAGAUUUAAAAAUUAACGAUUUUUAUCGUUUAUAGGUUUAUCGAUUGACUAUGGGUGGUACAAUCCGAUACCCUUGAGGGCUAGCCUCAGGAUGUAACAGCCCCCUCCCUCUCCCUCAAGAAAAUAUCGGGAAAAGGACUAUUUGAUACGUCAGUUAAAACAAAACUAAAUGCAAGGUUUGCAGCACAGCAGCCUUGCAUUUAUUCAGUUUUGUUUUAAUUCCCGCUUCAAGUGAUGUCUCACAUUAGCAUCUCUACAUUAGAGAUCCGGCAAGAAAGAACAAGUCGCUUUUAUUUACGCGUUGAGUCGACCUCUGCUUUCAAAGCUUUUUGAUUUGUUAGUGUAAGCUAUUGUUGGUUCGUCUACGUAGUGGAACCAGGCUUACAACGCGCUAGUUUGACAAACCGUACCAGAGGACGAUGAACGGCGGCUCCAGGUGCCUCGAGGCACGGAAGGAUUGGUGAACCUCUGAACUUUAAACAAUUUCUUGUCUUUCCAGGUGUAAAAGGUGAUAAAGGAGAUCAAGGUCGGCCCGGAAAAGACGGAAAACAAGGAGAGAGGGGAGAAAAGGGUAGGACAUCCAUGAUGUUGCAUGUAACAAAAAUAUAUUUAAAUAAACCCUUAUACCUGUUACAAAACCCUCUUUUUCCGCAUAAUUUAAGAUAUUAAAAAUGUCCUGUUUUCGUUUUCAGAAAUACUGUGUUAUCAUGUCUCCAUUAUUUCUCCAACACACUGCUUAACCCUGUUAAUUUUUGGAGAAAUCAAGUAUUCCCGAGUUAUAUUCCCUAGAGGCAUUUCUCAUCCUUCGUUUAUAUACUCUGUCUUUCUUUUAACCCCUCAUGUCCAUGAGUUAUUUACAACGUUUCUUGAUAGUGCCGUUGUAUAUACAAGAUAUCAGAUCAGUAGUCGCUUUGGAAGAACUGCACAAAACUAAGCAGCAAAGACCAAAGCACAGUGGAUGACGUGUUUAUAGAACGUUUUCAAAUACGUGUAAAUGAUUACUAACCUUAUACUUUUCCAUUGACCUUCAGGUGACCAAGGACCUCCUGGACCACCAGGUAUGGCUACAUCUAAAUAAACCAAAACAAAAAGAGUCGCUCUCAGUCAUUUCUACAUAACUAUGAUGGUCACUGAGAUAUCCCGUAGCAUCCAUUUAAGCUGAAAGGAAAAUACUAUCAUCAUGGCUGAUUGACAGUUUGCCUAUGAACUCCCCUCACUUUUUUUCCUAUUUUUUUUCCUCCUAUUUAUUUAAGUGUCAGAAAGACCGAAGACAGAUCCAGCUUUGAUCUACAGUACAAGAGCCAGAUUUAGGAAAUACGCUAUCUUCUUGAGACAAGAAGGGCUAACUUUCGUUUCCUUUUCUUUUUUCCUUGGCAGGUUUAUCAGGCAUAGCAGUGGGAGUAAGUGCUUUACAGAAUCUUUUUUUUUCACAAAUGAUGGGCUCAGUAUUUCCUCAGCAAACGAUCAACCUGAAUUCUGGAGCCUAAACAAACAAGAUCUAUUUCAUAGACAUUAAUAACAAAGCAGCAAAGAGAAAAGCGACUUGAGGUUUUCCGAUAUUUCGGACGAAAGAGGGCUUGUCCAUCCGAAAUAUCGGGAAACUUCUACAAUGCGCUUUUUUCUUUGCUGUAUUGUUUUUUUCUUUGAAAAAAAUUUUAAAAUGUCUAUAGAUUAUUUUGUCUUGGAUAAAACAGCAGGAUUUGGCUGUCGUUAUUUUAUAUAAAAAUAUUCAGACUCUAUUUCGCUUUUUUUUUUUCGCAUUUUAGAGAAGUUAUUUUGAGUUCCGCCUAAAGAACUUGACUUGCGACUUGAGUAUGCAAAAAGUGCUGAACGAAGUGAAGAAGCGCUUCCCCACUUCUCGUUUAUGUCUCUCAAUUCUCUUUUAAACUAAGUUGUAACAAUAUUUCGUCAAAGAAUAAAGCUAAUGCUUUCCAACUCAGCGACUAUCCAGUUAACAUAAACUUCACGCAACAGUAUACCGUAAAAUUCCGAAAAUAAGCCCCAGGGCUUAUAUUUUUCAAAGACCCUUUUUGAGGGGCUUAUAUUCGGAGGGGCUUAUCUACGGAGGGAAAUUUGCGUCUCAAAAUCGAUUGGGCUACCUUAUUUUUGGAAGAAAAUUUACCGUUUUUGCUUUGUUUUACUUUGUAUUUGAGGGCAAUUUUCCAAGUACAAGCCCCUUGGGGGCUUAUAUUUGGAAGGGCGAUUUGACGGACGGUUUUUUGCGUUACCGGUUUGGGGGGCUUGUAUUUGGAGGGGCUUAUACAUGGAGGGGAUUAUUUUCGGAAUUUUACGGUAUUUUAUUGUUCCCCUGCGAGGAGGCUUUUCAUUUGCGGGGGGAUCUUGCGAGAAGUCACGCGCGAGUGACAAACGGGCCAAAGGAGGCUAGCCUUGGGGAUGCGUCACACGAUCCUAAGGCGUGGGAGGCUAAAGAAGGCGCGGUUCUCUCGCAGGUCACUUUUUUCGCAAUUCGGAAUAAAGAGCUGGCUCGCAGGCUAUUCUCGAGUUAUCCUACAUAUUUCAUGUUAUUUCAUUUCAGUUAAGAGAUUCAGCUCAUAUUGUUGGUUAUGGCGAUCAUAUCAAUCCACCCACAGGUAGAACAAAAUGUUAGUGUUAUUAUUCUUGAUUAUUAUACAUACGUAUAACUUUACGAUCUGGCUUCUUCUUAAAAAAAAAUAAUUUUGCAACGUUUAAACGAGAUACAAACACGUGACGCGACUACAGUUUUUCCAUCAUCAAUCUGAUCACAUGAUCACUAUCGAAUGUUUUUGAUGACCCAAUGUCUUUUUGGUGCUUUUUUUCUUAAUUGUUCCACCUUUCACUUCUUUAGCGUCCUUUGCUUCACUAGCAUCAACUACUUUUCAAUUAAUUUGUUUUAACAUGGGUCACGUGACUUCUUAAAGAGAGAAAGGUUUUAAAAUAUACCUGACUUCUUUUUACGUACUCAUAUAUUAACAAGAACAAUCGUGUAAACCCUCAUUCAAGAAAGAAGUACGUUAAAAUUGCAUGAGUUUCUCUCGCAAGCUAGCUCACCGGAUAACAUUGGAGAAUCAGCGGUCAAUUCAUAAACGUCUAAAGUGCUCUGUGUGUUCGUGAAACCACCGAAAUGUGUGGGGAAAAAACCGCAGUUGAACUAAACCACAACCACGCCUUGCCGAGUGGCUGUAACCACGUGACAAGGCGAUCAGGCAAAUGUACAUGAAAAUGGAGUUUAGUUCCAAGCAAAGUGAAAAGUUUUUGUUCUUGACCACUAACGUUGCCGUCAUGACGUCACGUGCAAACUAGCCACAAUUUUUAUGCCGAUCAACUCCGUUACUAACAUCUCUUUACUUCUCUUAUAGUUCAUCGUAUCACGAACUGGAGACUGGGCCACAAAACCGGAAAUAUAAGAUUCCUCAGCAACAGUUUUCUCGUGAUUGGCACUCCCGGUUACUACUUCAUAUACAGCCAACUGUUCUAUUACGCUGGGGACACGCUCUUCAUGGGUCAUUACACAUACAUCAAUGAGCAGCCUGUCAUGCGCAGUAUCAGUAGCGUUGUAAGCGAGACAAAGAAAUACAACACGAAUUACCAAGGGGCUGUUUUUCUCCUCAGUAAAGGAGACAAAAUAUCCGUGCGGAUUCCCUUCACAAAGUCCUAUUUUAUGCAAAGGGAGACCAGCUAUUUUGGUGCAUUCCUCAUAAGUCCCGUCUUAAACGGCACUGAAUCGACCACUGACAGCCCGGAUAAUUAGAGCGAUUUUCGUAUGACUCGAUAUUACCUUGAAAUGAAAACGCGCGAACAAAACAGAAACAACAAACGAACGGAAAUAGAGCAAUUUGAUUGCAUGGUUAUCGAACGGAUACAAACGUGCGUGGCUUGUGGUUGGUUAAGCGAACGCUUAGGGAGAAUAAACUUCAUGCCCGAGACCUUUCUACAGAUCAAUCGAUACUUCGCUUUGACGCCAUACUGCAAGACGAUUUGCCAGUCGAAAAAUGCCUUCUCCAUAUUAGAGUUUUCUUUGGCGGUUUUGAUCUUUUCGUCCAUUGGCUAAUAAAAGAAAUAACGAACACUUGUCGAGUAAUACCGAAACCACUUUCGAAGGUCAUACGAAAAUCGCUCUGAAAUGAAUUUAAGAAUUCUACAGUUUUUCGCUGUUAUUGUUGUUAUUGGUCCACACGAUUUGCUAGCUAUACAACUCAGGUUAAGGCACUGGGUUCUGUUGAAGUUCUAUACUUUCCCUCAUUCAUUCUGUUCAACAGAGGGUCUCCCCCGCCAAGUCAGUUCUAUAGAAAACGUUCUAAUUGUCCGAAGGCUGAGAGACGGUUUUACUACUGAUCCAUUAACGUCUUAGGAGCUAAAAUUUGGCUGGCCACUUCGUUAACACGAAAUCGUUCAAUAUUUUCGCACUGUUCACACGGAACUUUAAGCGGCUUAGAGACGUCUAAAUUUUCGUACGGUUAAGGUGGUUCCAUGUGCACCUGCGCCGUGUCAACGUAGCCUUUAGUUAGUGCCUCAUUCAAUAACCACCAGCCACAACCUCGUUCCCAGGGUUCUCUCCUACCCGUCUCUUCGGAGCGUGAGAGAACCCCGGCAACGAGGUUGCACUAACUGUUCUUGACGCAAACGUUUUGGAGGAUGAAAGCCUUUUAAUCUUCUUGCCUCAGUUUUCCACAGCAGAGAUUCCAACCCUCCUGUUUUGGCCGGAAACCUCCCGUUUUCGGGGAAUAUUUCCGUCCUCCAGUUUGCGCAUAAUAUUCUCCAGAUUUUUAAAAGUUUUUCUAGCCAAAGAAGAUUAAUGUUUUCUUUACUUAGCCAGUCUUUUUAGCACGAUUCUUUGCCGUUUUUCUGUGGAUUCUCAGCCAUUUUUUAUACCUUUUGGCAUCCGAGCAUGAGCCUGCGAUAAUUUUCGAUCUCAAAAUGCAGGAAAUGGCAUCUAAGAGGCACUGCACUGGCAUGCCCCCGGACCCCCUGGAGGCUCGCAUCUUCAAUGCACAUGGGAGCGGCUAUACCGCUCCUAAAACCUUCCUUUUUUUAGUGGAAGGAGUUGGAAUCUCUGCCACAGUCAUCUGUCCUUAAAUAAACAAUCAUUUUUCUGUCAUUUUCCCGAAUCUUCGCUGAGCCGUUUCCAUGAGCAUUUUACUAACCGUACUGAUUCUCAAUCAGGAAAACUCCUUUUUAUUUUCUUGUUUGGACUGAAGUCGAUGACAAGUGAAUCACAGCUUUUGAACUUUGGGUGUAACUUAAUGUAAAGUUUUGAUCCUUUUUACAUUGUUCUAUGUGAGCCAAAUUAGUUUGACCUGAAAAUAGAUUAUGCUGUAAGGACCGAACUGCAAUCUACUCGCUUUUUGAGCAUUCACCUCACCGAAUUUUAAUCUAAUGCACUGUACUUACUGACGAAAACUCAAUGAUUCAUUGCGUACCAUAGUUUGCGAAUUUUGGAUAAACCGCGCGACUGUCCAAGGGAUUUAUAGGCUUUCGUAUGCAGAAAAUCGUGCGAAGAUAUUUUAAGCUUCUCUGACGUUUGCUUUGGCAAACGGAAUCUAGAUCUUUAUUACCAAGUCAGUUCGUCAGUUCUUUGAUUAUGUAGCGGUCAAUUUAUUUAACGAGAAAUUUGUUGCAUGACGAGCCACAUAAUAGCUAUCCUAAAACAAAUCGCCAUUUUUGCAGAAAACGAUAGUCACCCCGCAUUUUCAGAAUGUGUCAAUGAAAGAACUGUGCGCGAAAAAAAAUACCUAUGAGUAAAAAUGCACUGAACUGUUUCCAAGGCGCGCGCGGUUAUGGGUUGAUCAGUUUCCGUACGCAGAUUUCCAAAGAUCUUCGGAUUAAGUAUUCCGAAGUUCCCGAAGUGGUCACGGAAAAAAUGGGACAAGAACUCAUUUUCGGCGUUUUUCUACUCAAGAAUUGGACAUAGUAGCUGAUUUCAGAUGAACUUUCGCUUUUAUAAAUGGGCUACUUUCUUAUGCUUUGGUGUUUUCCGGUCUAGGCCUAUCUAAGAGUACGCGAUGGCAAGAGUUCAAACUUUUUGUACUCACACGAUAAGAAGCCAAACGGGUAAAAUUCUGGAAAAUAGCAAAAUUAUCACUUGUAAAUUACAUUCAAUAAUUAGGGAAAAGAAAAUGAACAAUCUUUACGGGAGAAAAAAUACUUUUGAAGUAAAUUUGCAUUUUGUAGUUUUGAAGCGCACUUAAAAGUCUGAGUCUAAGUUAACUAGCAAAAGUGCUAUUAAGUUCUUGAGUAUUGUUGAGAGUAAAACUUGCUUGAUGCAAAGGUGUCUUUAUUAUACUAGACAGUAGUGCCAGACUCUGUUUAGCAUUAAUAGCUUAGUUUCUUAUGCCCACAGGGUACAUUAAGUUAUUUAAUGUUUACCUGUUCUCCAUGAUAAAAAUAAUCCAUAUUAAAAGAUGGGCUUAAUAAUUAACUAGUUUGUAUCAAACUAUAAAACUUACAUGAUUGUUGUAAAAAAGCCAGUUGUAAAUAAACUUAAACA